AUGGCCGGCAUGUACAACCCUCACCGGGGCUUAGGACCUCCUGCCGCAAACGCUCGAUUGAACGAACUGCUGGAAGGUGUUCGCGCCGAGUUUGAAAACCAGUCUCGCGCAAGUGGAGAAUAUGAGAAUUCAAUUCAGCACCAAUUACAAGAGAUGCAAGUAGUUCGCGAAAAGGUCUAUGCUAUGGAACAGACACAUCUAGCUCUCAAGCAAAAAUAUGAUGAAGAGAUCUCCCGCCUUCACCGCGAACUCGAGGCUCGAGGAGGCAACCCACGUCCUGCUGGUAUUGGUGCCCCUCCUCAAAAUGCUGGCCCCGCUGGACAAGCGCCACCUUCAAUCGGCCAUGGACCAAGUAAUCUCUUUGGCGGAAUAAUGGCAGGACAGGGACCAGGAGGACCAGGACUUGCUCCCCCCCCACAAGCAGAUCAACAUGGCCCCCCACAGCAUCAAAUGCCCCAACCUGGACCUCCUCCACCCCCUGCUCUUCAAGGUCCCCCACCCCAGCAACAACCCCCCUUCCAAAGUGGUGGCUACCCUCAGCCUUCAAACGGGUACGGAUCUCAGGCGCCUCCCAACAACUCUUCUCCUGGUCCCGGUAAAGGUCGCGUGCUCAAUCCCCGCGGACCCGGUGGCCCAGCUACGCCUCAGCUAAACCAACCAAUGCCUUACCCAGGCCCAAACCCAAGAGCUGCUGCGUCGCCCCAAGUUGGCCACCCAAUGCCAACUCAACAUCCUCAAUUCAGAGUUGGAAAUGCUCUUGCCGAGCUAGACCUAGAACGUUUACCUGACCACCAAAAGAAGGUCGAGUCGGAUUGGUUUGCCAUCUUCAACCCCGAAGUUCCACGAGUUCUUGAUGUUGAUCUUCUUCAUACUCUUCAGCACGAGAGUGUUGUCUGCUGUGUUCGUUUCAGCCACGACGGAAAAUACGUUGCGACUGGUUGCAAUCGAUCUGCCCAGAUUUUUGACAUCAUCACGGGACAGAAGAUUUGCAUCCUUCAAGACGAAUCUGUUGACUCUGUUGGGGAUCUUUACAUCAGAAGCGUCUGCUUCAGUCCAGAUGGAAGAUAUCUUGCCACUGGAGCUGAAGAUAAGUUGAUCAGAGUCUGGGAUAUUGCUUCCAGAACCAUCAGGAACACAUUUGCCGGCCACGAGCAAGAUAUCUACUCUUUAGACUUUGCUCGUGACGGUCGAACUAUUGCUUCUGGAAGUGGUGAUCGUACUGUUCGUCUUUGGGACAUUGAGGCUGGACAGAACAUUCUCACUCUCAGCAUUGAAGAUGGUGUUACUACUGUUGCUAUCUCUCCUGAUACCAAGCUCGUCGCGGCUGGAUCUCUCGAUAAGAGCGUUCGCGUAUGGGAUGCAGUCUCAGGUUAUCUUGUUGAGCGUCUCGAAGGUCCUGAUGGGCACAAAGAUUCUGUCUACUCUGUCGCUUUCGCGCCAAAUGGAAAGGAUCUAGUAUCUGGAAGUUUGGACAAGACCAUCAAGAUGUGGGAGCUUGUGGCCCCCAGGGGAGGUCACCCAAACAAUGCACCAAAGGGUGGACGGUGUAUCAGAACUUUCGAGGGACACAAGGACUUUGUUCUCUCUGUUGCUCUCACCCCAGAUGGAAACUGGGUUCUUUCCGGCUCCAAGGACCGUGGAGUUCAAUUCUGGGAUCCAAGAACCGGUAAUACUCAACUUAUGUUGCAAGGGCACAAGAACAGUGUCAUUUCUGUCGCGCCUAGUCCAAUUGGUGGAUCUUUUGCGACAGGAAGUGGAGAUAUGCGCGCACGAAUCUGGACAUACAAGCCAUACCAAAGCCCGUGA